UCUCCAGCCUCCAUCAACAAUGGGUUCCAAAGUCCUUGUCUUCUGGCAUCCAUUUCUUCUCCCAUUUUAAUCUAAAAUACUACAAACCUUUUUUAGAAACACACCAUCUUUGAAUCUUCAGUAAACCUCUUUGAUUUUUUUUUCAUCAUUUUGUACUCUUCAUAGUCGUCAACUGCCCACUGUAUAUAUACACCACCAUAUAUAUAUAUGUAUGUAUGUAUGCAGAGGGCUCUUCAAUUUGGUAGUCAUAUACCUUGUUAGGUUUUUAUCUCUAGAGGAAAGCAAAGAGGGAAAGAAAAAACGAAAAAUAAUCUUUUUCUAACCGUUCUGCAAAAAAUUUAAGGAGCUUUGUUUAUUGUGUUUGUUGGGACAAGUUGAGGUUCUUGUCCUGUUGCUUCUGGUCAGGAAAUGGGUCUGUCUCUUUCGCUGCUCUUACCCGCUUGGAAGGACAUCUUGAAUAACUUGAAGAACUAUUUUCUCGGUAUCAAGAAACCAGUCAGGUCCCUUAGCUUUAAAGUGAGAGAUGGAGGUUUGAGAUCAAGAAGCAACAGUUUCAAGGCAGGUAUGGUCGAGAAUUUUCCGGAGCUUGAUCCAGGUGGUUCAUCAAUGGAGCGGUCGUUGAGUUUCAAAACCUGGGGAAAAUCUGAAGAGUCAAAAGCUGAAUCAGUCAACGGGGCAGAUGAAGAAGAAGAAGAAGAAGAAGUGGUCAACACAAAGAGAUCAGCUUCUAAUGAUUUGAACGGAAGAACAUGUGAAAGAAUCCAAAUAACAAAACCCACGGUUACUCUCCCUGGACCUGUGGUGUUCUUCUCUCCAAGACCGGUUACUGAACUUGAUGCUGCUGCAACUAAGUUGCAAAAGGUUUACAAGAGUUACCGGACGAGAAGGAACUUAGCAGAUUGUGCUGUUGUGGUUGAAGAGCUCUGGUGGAAGACUCUAGAUGCUGCAACUCUAAAUUUGAGCUCAGUCUCCUUCUUCGACAUUGAGAAACAUGAAACUGCGGUUUCAAAGUGGGCACGUGCUAAGAACCGAGCUGCUAAGGUCGGUAAGGGCUUGUCAAAAGAUGAAAAAGCUCAGAAAUUAGCUCUUCAGCAUUGGCUUGAAGCUAUUGAUCCACGACACCGUUAUGGCCACAACUUACACUUUUAUUACGACGUAUGGUCAGUGACCAAAAGCACACAACCAUUCUUCUACUGGUUGGACAUAGGUGACGGCAAAGAUGUUAAUCUUGAGCACCACCCGAGAACCGUUCUUCAAAAACAGUGCAUCAAAUAUCUCGGACCAAACGAGAGAGAGGGUUAUGAAGUAAUUGUGGAAAACGGGUUACUCAUGUACAAGAAAAGCGGGAUUCUGAUCGAUACAACAGAGGAUACGAAAUGGAUCUUUGUACUUAGCACUUCCAGAGCUUUGUACGUGGGGCAGAAGAAGAAAGGCGUUUUUCAGCACUCGAGUUUCUUAUCUGGAGGUGCCACAACCGCUGCAGGAAGAUUGGUCGCCCAUGACGGGAUUCUUGAGGCUAUUUGGCCAUACAGCGGCCAUUACCUCCCGACAGAGGAUAAUUUCAAGGAGUUCAUAUGUUUUCUUGAAGAGAACAACGUGGAUCUCACCAAUGUUAAGAGGUGUUCAGUGAACGAGGAAUACUCGUCAUCAUUCAAAUCAACCGAUGAUGAAUCAAAACCCGAGGAGACAAAGGAGGUCUCAGAAACCGAAGUGCAUCCGGAAACCGCUGCUUCAGACAACAAAGAAGCAGAAGAGAAAGAAGUAGCUGCGUUCGAACAUGCGAAGAGGUUGUCCUGUAAAUGGACAAGCGGUGUCGGACCGAGAAUUGGGUGUGUUAGAGAUUAUCCAAUGGAGUUGCAGUCUCAAGCGCUUGAACAAGUGAAUCUCUCGCCGAGGGUUUCUCCAGUUUCGGGCCGACUGACACCUUGUGCUCCAAUCCCGUCUCCGAGGCCUAGCCCUAAAGUUCGGGUCUCUCCUCGGCUUGCGUACAUGGGAAUUCCGAGCCCUAGGGUUAGGGUAAGCUGUUAAGGGCAUUCUUGAGUUGCUCAGCAAGAACUGCGAAAUGGUUUUGGUGGGUUCAGUUACUUGUUGGCCAAGUUAAAGUGGCAUGGUGAGGAAAUCAGCUCAUAUACGCAAAACAAUUUUUAGGUUAGAAGAGUCUGUAACUUCACACGUUUCUUUCUUCUUUGAUUCAAAUCCCGUGGAAGGUCCCCUUCUCUCUCUUUUUUUUUUCUUUUCA